CGAGACGAAAUUUGCAAGAUAAACCAAGCUGCCCUGCCAAGAUGGCGGACUUAGAGGCGGUUUUGGCUGAUGUUUCCUACCUAAUGGCGAUGGAAAAAUCGAAAUCCACGCCAGCGGCUCGUGCAAGCAAGAAAAUUAUCUUACCUGAUCCAUCUGUUUAUCAUGUAAUGCACAAGUAUUUAAGCGAGAGAGGAGAGGUACAAUUCGACAAAAUAUUCGACCAAAGGAUAGGAUACCUGGUUUUCAAAGAAUUUUGCGAAACAUCAUGCGACGAACCCGUUCCUCAGCUGGCGUUUUACGAAGAUAUCCGAGAGUAUGAAAAACUCCAGUUCCAGGAGGACAGGCUAAAAAUGGCACGAGAGAUCUUUGACAAAUACAUCAUGAUUGAACUCCUAGCUUGCUCACAUUCUUUCUCCCAGAGUGCUCUGAUUCAAGUACAGAGUUCAAUAACAAAGAAAGAACUUCCAUCUACACUGUUUGAGCCAUACAUGUUGGAAAUUAGGAACAGUCUAAGAGGAUCAAUCUUCCAAAAGUUUCUGAAAAGUGACAGAUAUGUCAGAUUUUGUCAGUGGAAAAAUGUGGAACUUAAUAUUAACCUAACCAUGAAUGACUUUAGUGUACAUAGAAUUAUUGGCCGUGGUGGGUUUGGAGAAGUUUAUGGUUGCAGAAAAGCUGACACAGGAAAAAUGUAUGCCAUGAAAUGCCUGGACAAGAAAAGGAUCAAGCUGAAACAGGGAGAAACCUUGGCCUUAAAUGAGAGGAUUAUGCUGUCCAUGGUGAAUAAUCCUUUCAUUGUGUGCAUGACAUAUGCCUUUCAAACUCCAGACAAGCUUUGUUUUGUGCUGGACUUAAUGAAUGGUGGUGAUUUACAUUACCAUUUGUCACAACAUGGUGUCUUCAGUGAAGAUGAUGUACGGUUCUAUGCAUCAGAAAUAAUUUUGGGACUGGAACACAUGCACGAUAGAAGAAUUUGCUAUAGAGAUCUCAAGCCCGCCAAUAUCCUGCUAGAUGAACAUGGUCACGUUAGAAUAUCAGAUCUUGGACUUGCUUGUGACUUCUCAAAGAAAAAGCCACAUGCCAGCGUUGGAACCCAUGGCUACAUGGCUCCGGAAGUUCUGAAGAAAGGCGAAGCAUACGAUUCUUGUGCUGACUGGUUUUCUCUCGGCUGCAUGCUGUUUAAAUUGCUUGUGGGGCACAGUCCCUUCAGACAACACAAAACUAAAGACAAACACGAGAUUGAUAGACUAACGCUAACUUACGAUGUAGAGUACCCGGAGUCGUUCACUGAGGACAUGAAAUCGCUUCUCGCGGGUCUCCUCAAUAGGGACGUCCCCAGCAGGCUCGGUUGCAGAGGCUCAGGAGCAGUUGAAGUGAGGCAACAUCCGUAUUUUGCAAAUUUAGAUUGGAAGCUAGUCGAACUCUUAAAGUAUCCGCCCCCGCUUGUUCCUCCCAGAGGCGAGGUGAAUGCCGCUGACGCGUUUGAUAUCGGCUCAUUCGAUGAGGAUGAUGUCAAAGGAAUCAAGAUGACGGAAACUGAUCAGGAGAUUUAUAAAGACUUCAACUUGACGGUGUCAGAAAGAUGGCAACAAGAAAUCGCUGAAACUGUAUUCAAGGUUGUCAAUGAAGAACAUGAUAAGUUAGAAGCCAAAAAGAAAGCGAAACAUCAGAACUCUGUCACAGUACCUGAGGAUGGAGACCGUCUGUUAGAAGGUUAUCUCUAUAAGUUGGGCGGCACUUUGAUGAGUAACUGGCCAAGAAAAUACUUCCAUCUCUUUCCCAAUCGACUGGAGUGGCGAGGAGAACAAGCUGGGCAAAUGCCAAGUCUUUUAUGCAUGGAGAACAUAACGGGAGUUGAGGAGACACAUGUCAAAGGUUUUAAAUGUAUCAAAAUCAGCACAAACAUCCGGGAUAACAGGGACCACAUCCUCAGAGCAGAGACCGAGACUGAAUUCCAAGAGUGGAUGAAAGAGAUCAAACAGUCAUUCCAGCAGGCGCAGGUCAUGAUGCGCGCGGGCGCGAAAAUCAUGAGCUCCGGUCAUCGCUACAUCACGCAAUACAGCAAAGAAGAAAACGGUCCCGUCACGCCAUGAAGCACCCAUUCUCACGCACAUAUCCCGUCAUGUACAUACACACAGAAACAGAGAAGUCGAACUUGAACAAGCCUUACGGCUACUGGUCCUGUACCGUAGAACGUGACGUAGAAAAUAGGCGAUAUAUGAUUGGCACAGCAACCGUCCAUCAUUUGUCAUGGCCUGUUUUUAGGCACGCAAAGUAUCAUUGGUAGAUUCCGCAGAGCACCUGGGGACUGGGGAGAGAAUGGUAAAUUGAAGACGUUAUUAGUGAUUGAGGUCUUUUACGGCUGUCAAAUAGCUGCUUGUGAUGUUCUAAAUACUUAAUUGCCUUUUUAUCCAUUUUAAUUUCGUCUUCUAUUGGUAGUCGUGCAUCGAAGGCGUGUGAGGUUUUCCUUGGUGCAGCGCAAAGCAGAGAGAAAAUUGAUGUCUAUAGGUUUAUUAUGAAAUUUCAUCAUCUUUUACACUUGUACAAAUUCUAAACUAAUUCUUAACUUAAAAAAAGAAGAGUAUUUCUGCCCGCCUAAUCUCUUAGCGUGAGAGAUCAAGGACGUAGUAGCGAUUGUAGAUCAAUAAAAUUUCGCUUAACGGAGAAAAAUAUAAGUAAAAGUAAACCAGAGAGAGAGAAAAAAAAGAUGUUUGAAACAUUUACAUCGAACUGACAUAGCGGCAAAUUUUCAACCAGAUCAGCGUAAAGAAGGUUCUUGUUUACGCUGUGUAUAUUUAUUUGCAAGACAAUUUAAUAGUAGCGCCAUCUUAAGAUGGCUCAGAAAUGAUGUCUUGACUCGUGUAUAUGAUUUGUAUUAUUCUCGGCAAAGGUUCGUCAGAGAAAUUCCGCGAACUUGGCCGAGGUACUAGUGUUUCCUUAGCAUUGAAAAUUAGGAGCUUACUUUUUAAUUAUAAGCUAACCGGGAAAUGAAAUUACAACCGUGAUCAAAUCUAAGUUUCCCCUAACGUUGUUUAUCGAAUCCAAGCGGAUAGGUUAGGGGAAUGAAGCAUUUGAUCAUCCCCGGAGUUGAGUUGAUCCAAAAUUCAAUUCUCGUAAGACGUAUUAUAACAAAUCAAUAAAGGCUGUAAAGAGAGUUUCGGUGUUGAUCGUUGGAGAAAAUGGGGAAGCUGCUGGCGUUUGGAACCGUAUUUUCUAAAAUAAUGGCCGUUUCUUUGCUCGACUGCUAGUAACAUAAAGAAAUCGACGGAGACCAGAAGCACACGAAGAAGAAACGGAGCUGUAUUCUUAGAGGAGCUCGGUCACAUUAUUUUGAGUUGUUUUGGCCACAUACAAAACUAUCUUUAAAUUGAACGAAACCUGAAAAUAAUAGUUUACCAAG